AUGGCGCCGAAGGUUGUUUCGGUGACGAAGAAGAAGAAAGUGGUGGAGGAGACAGUCAAAGUAACUGUCACGGACGGUGAUCCGAAUGUUACCACCGAGACAACAACGGAGACUGAAGAUCAAGAGACACAAGAUCUCACGUUUUCCAUUCCCAUUGAAGAAAACGUUACUACGGUUGAGAUUCCGGUCGAUGUUGGCGAUGAUCGGUCCCCUCAGCCGCCGGAAACUCCCGCUCCUGAAAGUGAAGGCACAGUACUGAAGGAGACGCACAAGGCUGAUAAGAAGCAAGAGAAGAAGACGAAGGUGAAGACGAAGAAGAGGAAGAGGACGGAUUUAGCGAGAGAUGAAUAUAGGAGAUAUGUGUAUAAAGUGCUGAAGCAGGUGCAUCCAGAGAUAGGGAUAACGUCAAAGGCGAUGUCGGUGAUUAACACUUUCAUGGGUGAUAUGUUCGAGAGGAUAGCGGAGGAGGCGGCGAGGCUAAACGAUUAUACAAAGCGGAGGACGUUGUCGUCAAGGGAAAUCGAAGCGGCAGUGAGGCUGGUUUUGCCUGGAGAGCUUAGCCGCCACGCCGUGGCUGAAGGCUUCAAAGCUGUUAGUAACUAUGUUGCUUAUGAUGCCAGGAGGAAGCGUUAG